GAGAACCUGCCAGGAUAGCGAAACAUUACCGCAAGCAAGGAUGGCUGCCCCAGAAAACAUUGACAUCAGGAACCUGCAGGGGAAAUGGAUCAUGAACAAGUCAUUGUCCGAUCCUUUCGACCCAAUACUCGCUCUUCAAGGCAUUAGCUGGCUGACGCGAAAAGCUAUCGGCGCAGCAACCCUGACCCAGCAUCUGACACAGGCGCCCGUAACCGGUGAGGAUGGCACGCCUAGUACGCUCGUCAAAAUCGACCAGGUCCUCACCGGUGGUCUGAAAGGCUCAGUCGAGGAGCGCAUGAUGGACUGGCACUACCAGGAGCACACCGACUGGCUCUGGGGUACCAGCAAAGCCCGCAACCGCUACUCGACUCUCCAGAAACUCAGGGACGAGGGCACAAAUGCCGAAGAUGUCAAGUUUCUGGCCGACGGCUGGCUGAAGGAGACGGAAGAAGGCGAGAUUGUCGAGGCUUUUGCCGAAAACGAGAAGAGCAAGUGGACAGCGUUGCAGGUUUGGGGGUUUGCAGAGAUUGAGGGGAAGAGGAUGCUGACGAGAAAGUUUGUGGUGUGGAGGCUCGACAAGAAUGAGGUUGUAAGGGCCAGGCUUGUGUAUGAUUACACGGGCGCAUUGUAGUCGAGUCCCCCGUAGAGUGUGGGGUUAGGGCCGAUAGAUCGCAAAUGGGGUUUGGACGGUGUCGUCUGCCACUCAUUGAACUUACUCACUAAAUGCUGAAGCGGUUCUUUUGCUUUCCAUAUUCGUAUCUGCACAUCUAAUUCGGCAGUCAUGUCCCUGUAGGCACAAUAGUCACACAAUAAU